UUAUAUGUGUGCUGAUGAUGACCUUUCCUCCCGGAGCACGGAUGUUGUGCUGUGUUGCUGCUGCAUAUCUCAGUUCCGUUUUCGUUAGAAAUCUAACAUUUUCCGUCACAGACGAAGCGCAAAAUUUACUCCUCAGCGAUCAGAAGCAAACAUUCUUUCAUUUAACAACAACAAUUUGAUUUGUCAACUUUGAAAAAUGAGUAGCCGAGGAACGAUUCGAGACUGUGCUGGGAUCUCCGCAAGUCCCACGUCGCCAGCGUGCACUGCAACAAAUUCACCGGGCCUAUCGAGUCGAUUGAACCCAGCUUUCGGCGAGGCACGGCCGCUAGCUUUGGCUGCUGCAGCACCGAUCCGAACAGGGGGAAAGUCCACUCACCCUGGAAAGGCUAUAUUGGCAGGUGGCAUAGCAGGAGGCAUUGAGAUCUGCAUCACAUUCCCUACCGAGUACGUCAAGACUCAGCUCCAACUCGACGAGCGCUCGGCCAAACCCUUGUACCGCGGCCCCAUCCAUUGCGUCAAGCACACCGUACACCAUCAUGGGUACUUUGGUCUCUACAGGGGUCUCAGCCCACUGCUGUAUGGCUCUAUACCAAAGGCUGCCAUUAGGUUUGGUGCUAACGAAUUCUUCAAGAACAAGUGGAGGAGUCGAAACAACGGAGCCCUGAGCAAGACCGGUAGUCUGUUCUGCGGUCUGGGGGCCGGCGUGAGUGAAGCCAUUCUAGCCGUCACUCCCAUGGAGACCGUCAAGGUGAAGUUUAUCAACGACCAGACCUCAGCUAAACCAAAGUUCAAAGGCUUCUUCCAUGGUGUGAGAGAAAUUGUCAAACAACAAGGCUUCCGCGGCACCUACCAGGGUCUGACGGCAACCAUCAUGAAGCAAGGCAGUAACCAGGCCAUCCGUUUCUUCGUCAUGGACUCGCUACGUGAGUGGUACCGCGGCGGAGACCCCAACAAGUACAUUAACCCUCUCAUCACGGCAUUGUUUGGUGGAAUGGCCGGAGCGGCCAGCGUGUUUGGGAACACUCCUCUGGAUGUCGUCAAGACGAGGAUGCAGGGUCUUGAGGCACACAAGUACAAGAACACCUGGGACUGUGCUGUCAAGAUAUGGAAACAUGAAGGACCUAGGGCGUUUUACAAAGGGACGGUUCCCAGGCUGUCCAGAGUGUGUUUGGACGUGGCCCUCGUCUUUGUCAUCUACGAUGAGAUCGUCAAGAUCCUCAAUAAAGCCUGGCCCACAAACUGAUCUCGGAAUUCUCUGUGCUGGUCUGUAUACUUGGGUCAUUCCAUAUAUAUCCUACAGCAUUCUCCUCACAGUACCAGUUGCCUCAAGACUGCAUGGCACAAAUUGGGCUCAUGUCCUUUGAUACUCGACUUGAAACAUACAUGACCUUCUCUUUGAAAAUGGUUCUAGAGUCACCGAUUGGUAACUUUUAGUUGAAUAGGCCAUCAGCCUGGGGGUAUGGUCGGUAUCAAAUGAGGGGAAUAAUGCUCAUUGUGUUUUUUGCAAGGUAUGCAUCC